AUUGCUGAAAAAUAUUUUAUGAUAUGUAUUUUUUAAGUUUUACUCACUUUCUUUUCUUUGGGAAUACAAAUAAUUUAAAUUAUUGAGUACUGUGUUUUCAAUUUUUUAAAAAUCAUACUAAGAUUGUAGUUAGUGUCCACAACAGCUGAUAUCCACACUGCUCUGAGUUCACAACAACCCUGAAUGAUUUCAUAAAAAGUGGAUGCUAACUGAUGUAAACAAAAUAAACACGGUACAAAACAAUUGAUUUAAUACGAACGAAAAUACCAAGUGAAUAAAACCAUGCUCUAAUUAAUUAUGGAAUUCUAAAUUAAGCCGGAUAAAGCAUAGUAUUGUAAAGCAGUGUAACAACAACGAUAUAACGUUUAAUUGAAUGCCCGACAUUACAUAUUUUUUACAUACAAAAUGAAUCGUUCAGACUCAAUUAGGCGCGAUCGCUCCUUCGACAGCGUUCUUAACAAGUUGAUGCGUAUGCGUUCGCAGAAUCAUGAAACCUUCAAAGCGGCCAUGUACAAUUUUUUAAUAGCUGCCGGCAUUGCAGCAUUUGUUGCCGUCUGCUUUAUACUAGGUCCUUUUGUGCGUCCUUUACUCUGGGCUUUCCUGAUGGGAGCAGUGCUCUUUCCUUUCAAGAGACGUUUAGCGCAGUUGUUGAAUGGUUGGUUUGAGCGUUUGGAGGAACGCGAUUCUAAUGUGUUGGUAUCAAUAUGUUUGGCACCGCUGGAAGCUACCGAACAUUGUGGCAGUUUAGUGGUAAGUUGGCUGCACGAACACUGGCAAUUGUUGACGGCAGGUGUGGGUGUAGCUGCUUGUAUCAAAUUGUUGGUGCUAUAUGCACCCAAAGGGUUCCUGUGUGCCGUUUGGCGUUUUGUAGUUUUCUCGCAUAGUACUUUUGUGCAGUUAAUUGGUUUUCUUAAUAUAUACCUGUUAAUUGCAAUAAUUGUUGUAUACUUGACGUCAGUAUAUUUCUUGUGGAAACCAGAAAAUAGCACCAAGUUCGUCAUGGCUGGCCAGUCGCUUUGGGUGGCUAUAGUUAGUUAUGGUUGCAGCUUUUUAGGCGCACUACAAGUACCUGCCUUUAUUUUGAUAAUGUUGUAUGUAGGUGUAUCAAUUAUAUACCAUAUGCGCACUGCGGAAGGAUCUAGCAGUUGCAUAGAAAAAUUAAAAAAGUUGCUAGACAAAACUGACUUUGAAAAGUCAGUAAGCAACAUCAGUGUGAAGAAGCAAAGUUUGCAUUCCGACGCCGAAGAUGUCUCCUUGAGCGAAACUUUGGAUUCGCUGGACAAUACUGAGUUGUUAGAUGAAAAUGAGGUGCCACACCUGAGUGGAAUCUACUUCAAAUGCUUAUUCUACGCAUGCGUAGCAACAUUUUUGUAUCGUAAUGUUUGGAUGUUCAUAUUGGCCGCCAUACCCAUAUCACUGCAUUUGUUAUAUACAUUGGGCAAUGUGACUGGCUUCACGGCUUUCAUAUCAAAUAAAAUGAAUGAAGCCUAUGAAAACUUAAAGAGUUGGGCUAUUGAACACCAUUCUGCCGUACUGCCGCUCUGUUUGCCCGGUGUGCUUGAAUUGAAUUACAAAAUAAACGCCAUAAUACGCGAUUCAUUAAAGUCCUCUGUCGACUUGGUCACUUCCAUACUGAUGAUAAUACUCAUGCUGUUAAUUAUCGUCUUUCUUGGCGUAUUUUUCUGUGUCAAUAUCUAUUCCGAAACCAUUGAAGUUGCUUACUUGGGCAAAGAUCUGAUAAACAAAACAAUUACUGAUCGUCCGGAAUUGAUCGAUAUACUACCUGAGAAUAUACAGUCAUCCAUUGAUGAUGCUUUGGAUAAUGCGCAUCAUUAUGGGCGUCGGAAAAUCGAAACGUACAUCGAUGAUUGGCUAGCCGAAGCCGAUUCAGUACAUGCCACUAAGCUGAAGGAACAAAUUUUAGAUGUCUGGGAUCGUUUAAUACAGUACUGGAUUGAUGUUAAUAAAUCUGACUCGGCUUAUGGACCACGUGUGCCAACAGAUGCCCUCAAAACGACUUUCGGUGAAAUUGUUGAUAAUCCUGGACAUUUUAAAGAGCUAGUUUUAGUGGCAAAACAGGGCAUUAUCGGCUGGGCGAAGAGCAACACACAAACCAUACUGGAAGUGGCUGAAUCUCUGUGGCACAUCAUACGCACGAAUCUCUCGAUGAUCAUGAGCUUUACGGGUGAUAUUUUAUCUCUGCUACUGUCUGGCGGUCAGGCGUGUGUGGAGUUCAUACUGGAUAUGAUUGUCUUCUUUACUGCGCUAUUCUAUUUGCUUUCGAGCAGUAAUACGAAAUAUGCGCCACUACAGGUUACCAAAUAUUUGGGCUUCUCAACGUCCGGCUCUAAAAUCGCCGAUGCUUUGGAGAAUUCCAUUUCAGGCGUACUAAUCUCCAUGUUUAAGUGUUCCAUUUUCACCGGUCUCUUCACAUGGCUGGUGCAUACAGUGUUUGGCGCGCGCAUUGUCUUCCUGCCAUCGGCGUUGGCGGCCAUUUUGUCGGCAGCACCAUUUUUGGGCAGCUAUUGGUGUUCGCUGCCGGCUUUGUUGGAGUUGUGGUUGGCGCAAGAUCGCUUCUAUGCCGGACUUGUGCUCUUUCUACUGCAAUUCUUCGUGCCACCGUAUUUCGAGGCCGCCAUCUAUGCGGAGAUGAAGGGCGGUGGACAUCCAUAUUUGACUGGUUUGGCUAUCGCCGGUGGCAUGUAUUGGAUUGGCUGGCAGGGUGCGAUCUUCGGCCCGUUAAUGCUCUGCUUCUUCAUAGGUAUAUUUGAAGUGGCUGCCGUAGCCAUGCGUGCCAACGAAGAUGCAAGGUGCAUUUUGUAGGCGCAGCUCCGAUGAGGACACCCGCGCGACGUGAGUUGCCUAACAAAUGCAUUGACACAUGCUAAAUGACAUGAGCAUCUAACGCAAAUAACAGUACAUCGCAGUAAUGUGUAUUUAUCUUAAUGCCAAAAACAUGCUGCUUUUAACACUUUUAGGCUAAUACAACAUUAACUUAUCACAGCUGAUUAUUUAACACUUACAAAUCAAUCCAUAAACAUUCAUUGGAUUAAGGGCUAACGUGCGUAUGCGCUGAUUUAACAAACAAUUUAACGGUUCAUUUGAAAAAAUAAUAGUAAAAAUUUGAUGUUUGCAUCAAAUUCCAUUUCACCACAUCAUUUUGGAUUUUAAAGUAUGAAAUUGCAUUGCCUUAUUAUCCCUUUGUAUUUUCAGCGAACGCAGACAUUCCUUUUAUGACUAUUAACGCUAAAUAAACUAAAAAGAACUUUAAUUGCAAGAAAAAAUUUUCCGAAUUUUCCAAUGAAUGUAUUAAUGUUAAACAAUUGGCAUAACUACCUCGAAUAGUUUGAUAAAGAGAUUAUCAACUGAUGUUGUAACUAAUGUACUAAACUCCUAUAUGCUAUAUACAUAUAUUUAUGUAAGCUUACAAGUUGUAUGCAAUAGCAGAAGAUUUUGAAAUAUAAAACUACUUAAAUAAUGAUAAACGAACUUAACAAUGAAGAUAUUAAAGAAUGCAAAUUCUGUGUACAUUUAUGGCAUGUCAUUUAAUUGUUGUUUAGUAGUAAAUUCCUAAAUAAUAUAUAAUUAUUUAAAAAUGUUAAACGAAUUUUUAUCCGCCCACUAUCCAAAAAAAAUUAUAUGUAAAAUGAGUUUUUUGUAUUGCAUUUUUUUACAAAAUGAAAAGUUGUUUAUAAUAGUUUUAGCUUAAGAUUUAGUUUUGUACGAUGUAAAAAAUGAGAUUAAAGAUAAUAUACAAUACGGAAAUUUUGAGUUUGUUAAAUAGUAAAUUGUUAUAAAACUGCAUAAAAAGUGAAAUGAUUUCAAAAUAAAAUAAAAUAAUAUAAUAUAAUAAAUGCUGUUAAAAAUAAUAAUAAAAAAAUCAAUAAAAAUAAAUAUAAAAAUAAAAAAACACUAAUAUCGUUUAACUAAAAUCUAUAUUGAUAUAAUAAAAUAAAUUUUUAUGAAAAAUUAAAUGCUGUAAAAAUAAUAAAAUAAAAGUUAAAUUAUAUAUAAAAAUAAAAAUAAAAAUCACAAACAUCAUUUAACUAAAAUAAGCACUGAAAUAAAUAAAACAAGCAUAAAAAAUUAAUCAAGAGUUGCGAAUUUUUUAAUUAAAAACAUUUUCAUCAAAAAUAAAAAUUUAAUUUUUUAAUACCGAUGUUGGGAUUAAAAAUAAGAUUUAAUUUUUUUUUUAAUAUGAAUGAAAUACGUAAACGUUAAUUCUAAACCAAUUUCUAUAUUUUUUAAUUCAUUAUUAAUUGAUAUUAUAUAUAUUAAUGCCUUUCUUUUUUAUUUUUUAAUCCGGUAAAUAUUUAUUUUUAACUUAAAAAAAUUAUAUUUUUGUUUACUUUUUAUUCUGAUAUUAUUAUUUGUAAUCCCGUAUUUGGGAUACAAAUAAAAAAACUAUUUCAAAUGUUAAUUAAAUUAUUUUUUAAUGCAUUAUUUGCAACCCUGUAAUAAUACAUACAUAGCAAAAAAUUAAUAUAAAAAUAACAUAUUCAAUAAAUAAUAAAUAAAUAAAUAAUAAUAAUAAAUAAAUAAUAAUAAUAAAUAAAUAAUAAUAAUAAUAAAUAAAUAAUAAUGAUAAUAAAUAAAUGUUUACAAACAAAUAGAUGAUUGAUUAAGAAGAAGACAUUAAAAGAUGAACUUAUGCAAGCCACAAGUUUUAAGUGGAUACCGGGGUUGCGAAUUUUAUAAUAACAAAUUUUUUCUAAAAUUAAUUAUUCCAACAUCUUUAUUAAAAAUUAAAAUAAAUUUCAAAUUUUUAGUUCUGCUUUUGGGAUUAACAGUUGAAAAUUUAAAAAUUUUUAUCAAAUAAAAAUUGUUAAAUCUCUGUGUGUCGAUUAGUGCUCUAGAAUAUCAAAGAUGAUGCCAGUAGACGUGCUCUUGUUGAAAAUGGUAAAGCGCAAACUCGAAAAUAUACAAUUUCCAAAACACUUUUUUUAUUUAUAUUUUAAUUUUUUUUAAUCGGGUAUUUGAGAUUACAUUUCUUUCUUCAAACCAAUAUUUGGGAUAAAAUUUUGUUCAAACACGUAUUUGCUUGUGAUUAAUUUUUUUUUUUUGAAUUGAAGGGUUCCAAAUUGAAAAUAAUGUUAAUUCAAUAUUUUUUAUGAAUUUUUUGCAACCCUGGUGUAUAGACUAAGUUAUUUUUAGAAAACAUUCCUAUAGCAGCAAACAAUAAAAACAGACUAAUCAAAAUGUUUCUAAUACUUCCUGUUUAUAUGCGAAUAUUGUUUUAUGCAAUUUCAUUUUGUAAAUUACUUAAGAAGCACAUCCAGUGUGAAAACUUAAAAAAGCGAUUUCUGGUAAUAAAAGCAAAAACUGUGUAUCAUCUAUUGUUUUAACAUUUUAAGUGCAUUUAAGAAUACAUAUAGGCUGUUCACGAUAAUGUGGUUAUCGGGUUAUGUGGUUAUGUGAUUAAGUAAACAACAACAAAAUGCGUUAUGACAAAAUAACCAAAGUUGACCAACCUAGGCCUUUGUUUACAGAUUAUGUGGUUGUUUGCAAUCAGCAAAUUAUGCAAGAUGUCUGCAAAUUUUAUACAAAGCAUAUUUUGAACCCUUAAAAUUCGGAUUAUUUAAUAAGCACAUACCUUCAAUAAAGUCCAUUUCCUGAAUAGCAGAACUUAUUUUAAAUUCGAUUUUUUUUUGCUUUUUAAACUUUGUUUAGGCAUUUUAUAAGUUGGAAUUUCAUUGAACUAAAAUUGUAAACAAUGAACAGCUGUUUGUGUAAAAAUAAGCAAAUAACCAUACAACAUAGGGUGCUCACGGAGCAUAGAGGUUAUUUUUAAUUUAAUAAUCACAUAACCCGAUAACCACCUUACCGUGAACAGCCUAAUAGUAAAAAUUUUAAAGAAAAAAAAAAUAUAAAAGUCCUGUAUUUUUGCAUUCCGGCCUUCUGCGUGGAUGAAACUAAAAAAUCUUCUGAGCUAGAGGAUAUUGUCUGAAAACCUACGGUCCCAAAGUUGAAUGUUACUCAAAAGAAGCCUCUGGAAAAAAGGACAUAACAUCAUAGUAGGAUAAAACCCACGGGAAACGUUAGAUAAAAUCUGCGGUCAGGAAAAGAAAGCUCCCACACAUGGUUGAAUUUUUAAGGAUUAUAAACUGUUUUUUUAGAUUUCGAGCCAAAUUACUAGUGUUAUAAAAAAGUUAUAUUUGUAUGUUGAAAAUAAUUAAAAGAUCUAUAACUUUUGCAUACAGACCUUUUCACAUAACCUCAAAACGUAUGUGGAAAUUUCAUAAAGCCCAGUUUUUGGUUAUUUUUUUAUUUUAUCUUUUACAACAUAUUUUUUUUUAUUAAUGAAAUUUGAUGUUAACUUACUUUUUUAUGUACCAAACAUACGGUAUUUUUUAUUUAAAAUUUUA